CACAGAUGGCAGCAGUGCCGCUGGCUAUACAGAAGGCUGGGUAACAAACAACAGGCGGCUGCUGGAACAGAGAGGGCGGCCGCAGGCUUCUCCCUGCACUGUUUACACCGGCGAGUCAGUGACCGUUCCGACCUGGCUCCGUCCUGACAGAGGGAGAGAUCCGCUCUGCUCUCCAGACCCCCAGCUUGCGCCGCAUGACGCUUAGCAUACGGCAGCGUUUAGUUCCCUUCCUAGAGAGGACCUUUCCCAUAAGCCCCUGGGUCCAUGUCACAAACUAUUUAGAAUAAUAACCUGGAGCGAGCGACAGUUGACUGACGUGGACGAUAAAUCGCGCCGUGCUGAUGGGCGGUAUCUAAUCUAUAGGAAACGUCAGUGCAGCGCGACUUUAAGUCGCGUCACGUAUACAGUGCCGGCCGAGCGACUCGCUCGAAAAAUAAAGCAUGGGAGCGGCGCACUGUUCUUAGCUGGAGGAAGUGCUGCUAGUGCAGGCGGCUGGUGCAGUGUAUAAGAUGCAGGUUGGCCCCUUCCUCUUUUACGUCCACUCAUGGUAGUGCUCAGCCAGUGUGCGCUCCCAGCUGCAGCUGUGUAUGCUGUGCUCAACUCAAGUGGCGGAAUGAGACUUAGCUGCACUGUAACCCAAUAAUGAUGGUUGGGGCAGACACCUGUUCCCGCUGUAUGUUGGUGACGCAGUUUACAACCACGCUGCAGCUUGCAUGCCCUGUCUAUCAUUCUUCAUACACUUCACCGUGGAUUUAUGGACUUUGCUUACUUGUUUGAACAUUUAACUUACAAUAUGGUGAAGCAGAUAGUUAUAUGACCCUAUCCUUACAACGUAGCAUGGUACACAGGUUGUGUGACUCUACCAUGGUACAAAGUGCCUCUCUACUGGUUCCAGGAGUGUUGUGCUUGAGGUUACCACUCUGAAGAUGACUCUUCCACCCCCAGAUCCAAAAUUUGACCUGAGAGGUGCUAGUGGAGAAAUCAGUUGCCUGCAUUUCAGUUGUAACGUUGAUAAACCAUGUCCUCCACUUCUAUUUUCAGGAUCCUCCAGUGGACAGAUUCACGUGUGGAAUCUAAAUACGCGUAGAGCAGAGACUGUGCUAAAUGGACAUAAUGGCAAGUCAGUCUACUGGAUCCAUACUCUUCAUAAUAGAGACAGUCUCAUGAGCCAAGGCAGAGAUCUGCAGAUAUGUAAAUGGAAUUUAUCACAAGGAAGGAAUGAAGUGACAGAUUCUAUUGCUGUGGAUAGUGUUGGUUUCUGCAAAUGUUCUUUAUUAAAUAAAGAACAUUGUCUACUAGCAAUGCCAGGAAGAGAGUCCUCACAGGUUCAAGUUUUGGACCUGGCAUCAAAAAAGAUAAUGAGCUCUAUGGAUCCCGCUGCAGAUAGAUUUGGGAUGGCAAUGUGCAUGAAGCUGUGGCAGCCUAAAUCAGGAUCUAGCCCUUUGCUUAUUGUUGGCUAUGAGGAUGGAUCAGUGGCUCUGUGGAAUGUCUUAGAACACAGAAUGAUGAGCAGGCUGGUGUGCCACAAGGAGCCUGUUAUAAGCCUUGACUUUGACUGUAUGAGUGACAGAGGGGUCUCUGGGUCCGCUGAGAAAAUAUUGAGUGCCUGGAUCCUUGAUGAACAGCAGAACCUCAAGAAUUACAAAGUUCAAGAGCUAGUCAACCCAGGGAUUGCUGACAUCACAAUACGGCAGGACAAGAAGAUUUUGGCUACGGGUGGCUGGGACUAUCGUGUUCGUGUGUUUGGGUGGAAGAAAAUGAAACCAUUAGCUGUCCUACAGUACCAUUCUGCAUCUGUACACUGUGUGUCCUUUUCAGAUCACAUUAUUCCUGAAGAAAGAUUGCUGGCUGCUGGAUCUAAAGAUCAACGAAUUAGCUUAUGGUCAAUAUAUCCACAAAGCUAAAGAAGCAAUUAACACAAACUAAUUUACUGUUUUGUUUUGUUUUUUGAUUUUUUUUUGCUAGUUUUAAUAAAAUGUAUAUUAAAGUGAACAGCACUUAUAAAUACAAUCUCCAAAUCUUUGCAACUGCUUUGAGAACCCUAUCCAGAUAAAACAGGGAUGUACAUGCCUGUUAUGUUUUUACUGUAUGUAAGAAUCUUUUAGAGCUCCUCUCAUUCAUCCUUGUACGUGACAGCAUGAAGAGUGUCAGGUGUCAGUAAAGUGUGCCCGUUCCAACUGUUAUCAAACUCCGCACAUGUCACUCUGCCUCUAUAUUUUUACAUUUUGUCACACUCUGAGGAGUUCGUUUAGCUUCUGUGUUUGCAUACUUACUGUGAUUACUCAGCCAACAUACACAAAGGAAGUGAUAUUAAAGGAAAGCUCAUUAAACCAAUCUGUUACCACUAGUCUGCAGGUCUCAGGUCCACAUGCUCUGAAAUAUUUGCAGGCCUCAAUGAAUUUUACAGACUGCAUAGAAGUACAGUAUAGAGUCACAAGCUUUAUUGAAAUACUGCAUUUACCGUUUUGGAAACUAUCCUUGUUUUCAGUGUAGGCUACAUUUAUAUUUUAAUAAUUAUUUGAAAUUCAGAUUGCUGCAUUUUAGAAGGUAAUAUAGAGCACACUUACAGAGCUGAAGCUAAUUUUAAUUUAAAUGUUUUUGACUAAGGUUUUUUUCCAGUAAUGACACUAAGGGGGAGAUUCAAAUGUUUGAAAAGUCGGUCGGGUGUCUGUUUUUUCCUGUCUAUUAGAUAGGAAAAAACAGACUCCCAACUGACUUUUCAAACAUUUGAAUCUCCCCCUAAGAAUUAUGCGUAGAUCUGCCAUUUUACAUUUCAUAGUACUGAUUGUGUUCUAGUUAUAGAAUCCAACUUGCUCAUCUGCGGAAAGAUGUCAAAUUGAUGUUUAUUUUUAAAGCUUAGAGUUUUUCCCCUCAUACGCCAACUUAUAUAAUUACGUUUUAGUAUGCAAGCACACUUUAAAAUAAAGCUGCCAUCAUAAUCUGACAUCAUUCGCAAUACAUCACAAACUAUUUAUGGUUGCUGCAGAUAUAUCCUGUAUUGUUAUUGAGCUAAUUAGGGUAAUAAAGAUAAAGUUGUGAAAGUGUGAUAAUGA